AUUCGAUGAAGGCAUGAAGCCAAGAAGGUCGUCGAGCUCUGCACCUCGAUCGCGAUUAGGGUUAGGGUUUCUCGAUGUGGCGACGAGGAGUGGGGUUGGGAUGGCAUGGUGGCCGGCGAUGGUGCUCCUCCGUCGUUCGCCGCCAUCUCGAGGAUGAGGGUGACUGGUCCUAUGCUUCCGAAUGGUGGGGCUCCAGCCAUUGCUCCGGUGACGGCGAGGGACAUACCGUUUUCCGAUCUUUAUCUGACCAAGGGAAUGGCGUAGUCUCUGUGGUUGCUUAUCCUUCUUCUCGCCCGGCACCAGAGCAUUGGCCAGCAAUUGAGAGAUGGCUUCAAGAGAGGUAUGCCAAGAUACAUCCAGAAUUUGAUCAUAAUGGACAGUUUAAGAUACUUGGUUACCAAUGGCGCGUGCUUCGCUUCAAUGAUAAUACUCGCCAAAGUACAGCUAAAAUUAUGGCCGCUUGUAGAAGCACUGAUUAUGCCUCAAUAUACUUGAUGCAGCAGCCGUUCUGUUUGGCUGUACCAUAUUUGAAAAGUAUGGCAUCAGUGGGUCUGACAACUUUGGCCUCUUCUGGUUAUGACCUCCUUGGAGCUGUUAUGGGAGAGAGAAAUAUAAAUGUAUUAUGCAUUGGUCAUGGUGGAGGUGCACUCCCUUUGUUCAUGGCUAGUAAAAUUCGAGGUGCAACUGUCCAUAGCAUUGAGAUUGACCCAGUUGUUAUAACUGCCUCAGUUCAGGCAAUGGGUUUUCCGGCAUCUGCUCUGAAGGAAACAUCAGAUCAGUUUAGUUUCUCAUGUCCUCAUGACGCAGAUCAAAUAUUAUGGGAAGAUGUUCAUGAUCGGAUUUUCCUCCAUAGAUCAGACGCGGAGGAUUUCAUGCUUAAUAAUUCAAAUAUAUAUGAUUUAGUCUUCAUAGAUGCAUAUGAUGGCGAUGACAUUUUCCCUCGCAAGCUAUGGGAUCCAGAUGCCCCCUUCCUCAAAGCUCUAAGAAGUAGGCUUCAUCCGGUCCAUGGUACCAUCGUGGUUAAUCUCCAUUCGGAUUCUGAUGUGCUUGCCCUUUUUCCGAACAUACUACCAAUGGGUAAAUAUGUCUCACAAGUUGCCAGGGCAUACAAAGAGCAGUUCGGUCUUGCAUUUACAGUUUCAGUACCCUGGCUCUGCAACACAAGUCUUGUAGCAUGCAGUGGUGUUAGAUUUCACAAGACCAAUACUUCCCUUACUAGGGAUGCUCUUCUGAAUGGUCUCAUAUCCAAAUCAAAUUUCAUUGACUCUUUUCUGGACUUGCCAUUUCCUUCAUUACAAUACAUCAAGAGAGGUUUUGUGCUUGUUGAAUAACUCUAAAUAUGCAGAUAUUGCUGCUUCAAGCCCCUAAUUUUGCAGUUCCAAGCCAUUUCUGAUGCACAACUCCAAAAUUCAGGUACUUUCUUAUUUGAUUUUUGUUCCAGUUGGAGAUGUGUUGAUAUCAUGCUCUAAAAAUCAUCCCUUUUUAGCAACUUUUAAAAAUCACUAUAUAGGUGUAUAUAUAUAUAUAUAUCCUUGCAAUCUUUGUGUGUACAAGCUUGAGUUUGGAUUAUUAGCAAGGCCUAGUGGCCCAUCCCCUAGACAACGGUCCUGCCUUUUCCCUUCCGGGACCAAAGACUAUCACCACAAGAAUACAAAGAUCAGCUAGCACAUGCUUUAUGAGAUGUGAUUUGAGUAAGAACUUGAAUUCAAUUUUAAGUUUAUUUUAAGUUUGUUUCA